UCAGUCCCCCCUCUCAAAAAUGUACGUCUCUACGCCUCCCCAGCUUCUCCAAGAAGUCCCAUCCACCUCAUCAUUUUUGGACUGGAUUUACGAAUAUUUCCUGGAAUCCAUAUUUUCAGUGUCGCCGGCGUACGAGAAUGAGACCGCCGACCACAAUUCGACAGACGUGCUCUGCGCAAAUUGCAUCGGGAAUCGCAAUUUGAUUGCCUGUAUUCGGUCGAGCGUUAUCGCGGUUCUUGGGAUCUGUACGGCGGCAAUGUGUAUGGCACGGAUCGCCAAGCUUCACACCACUUCACAAUCUCAUCUGAUGCUUUUUCUCUAUUAUAUCCUAGCGGUUCACUGCUUUGCGGGAUCCUUCGAAUGGCUCAUCGGAUGGAACACCCAACUGGCGCUGUUCCUCUCCUACACCAAAGCCAUAUCACUUCUGAUCGUCUGUUACUUCUACCUCGACAUUGCCUCAUCCAUGAUGCACUGGAGCUCGACGGCUGGGAAGCGGCUCUGCUUUGUCGCCCUGUUUCUGCUCUUCUCGUAUUUUACGGCUUUCCUGGUGAUGGGAUAUGUUCUCGCGUCCAUUGAGCCCAGGCUGGAUUGUAGAGCCCCUUACUGGAUCUGGUUCUCCACCGGCCAAUUCAUCAUCGUCCAAAUGACGCUCGUCUCAUUCUGUAUGAUCCUCCGCCGAAUGAAUCGAAUCUCGGCGCCUGUCCAAAUGCGAGCCGCCCAACGUCGGGACGUCUUUGUCCUGAUGUGGGCAUUCGAGACGGCGACUUUCUGCGAUCUAGCUUAUCACGUCGGGAUGUUCAUGUUGGCCGAUGAGCACGCCGCGAAUAGUUGCUCCGCGAUCUUUUACCACGAUCAACUGCGCUACACCGCACUCAAGGCUCCGUACGACUUUAUCAACUUUAUCAUGCCAGUCUGGGCGAUCCUGUAUGUGUUCCGAUCGAAGACCAAGCUGAGAUCGGAUAGUGAUGAGGAUUCGGCAGAGUCAUCAACCGCCUCCUCCACCUGGUCCUCCAACCACUCCCGAAACAACGUCCGAAUCGCCGACGUGAUAACCGUCCGUAACUGGCGCCGCCGCUACCGCCCACUCACCCAGCCUUCCGCCUCAGAACGUCCCGUCCUUCACUCCCAAUGGCGUCAGAAUCGAGCAAUGACUUCUGCAGCUGCAGCGGCACAUCCCAUCCCAAACAUGCUCUCCCCACCACCAUCUGCUGCUCCAGCGGCACCCCGACUCCGAAGUGUGUCAUCAGCCCCUAUGAUCCGCCGGAUCAGUGUCUCACACUCCAUUGUGAGCUCCCCGCUGUACAGUAUACCAGAGGAGUAUCAGAGAACUCGGGCCCACCACAGAUGAUCGUCGGCUCGCUGGACACCUUCUCAACAGUACCUCUUCUAGAUUAAAGAGCAUCUAGUACACAUUUGUACUAGAAAUACUAACAUUUUUUCCUACUAACACCUUGGUCUUUCACAUUUUUCCCGCCUUCACGUUCCAUUGAGCUUUUCGUGUGUUGUUUCUUCAUAUGUAUCACAGUUUUCACUUGAACCGACGGGUUUGUUAAUUUGUAAUUUAUGUACAUAUAUAUACUCAUGUCGUCUAUAAAUUCUGAAACUU